AUGAGCGACGAACCAGCCGCCGCAGACAGCAAUAAACGCUCCCGAGAGGAGCAAGCAGCAGCCGAUAAUGAUGCCGGAGAUGCUGAACCUCCUGCCAAGGCGAUCAAAGCAUCGGAAGAUGGAGCUAACGCCAGUAGUGACGCAGCCGCCGGUUCGGACAAACCAGCCGAAGAAGCCAAGAAAGAAGAGCCGCCCAAGACGGAGCCAGCUCCAGCACCUGUCCCCGCUCCAGCUCCUGCCCCCGUUCCAGCACCAGCUCCUGUCACUGCUCCUGCCACUGCUCCUGCUCCUUCGGGUGUUCCCACUGAAACCGGAGAAGUCUCGUCGCUCUACGUUGGAAGAGUCAUUGGCAAGGGCGGGGAAAUGAUUCGCGAUUUGCAAGCACGGUCGGGUUGUCGCAUUGACGUCGAUCAGAGCGUCCCGCCCGGACAACCCCGUAUUAUUACGUACCGUGGAACCCGCAAAACGGUCGACUUUGCCAAGCGCCUCGUCCAAAUGCUCUGCAAUGAACACGUCAACGAAGCCGAUUUGCCAUUGGGAGAAGCCCGACGAGAAAUCAUGGCCGUACCGGGCACCAGCGUUGGGAAAAUUAUUGGACGCGGUGGGGAAAUGAUUCGGGAAUUGCAGUCGCGAUCGCAUGCCAAAAUACAGGUCGAUCACAACAAUCACGGCAGUGCCGGACUCCCGGCCCAUCAGAAACGAUUGACCAUUACCGGGACGGAACAAUCCGUCGUUAAAGCCAAAGAGAUGGUCAACUUUUUGGUCGCCAAUCCCAUGAUGGAUGCCAUGCAAGCAUUGCUCAUGUUGGUAGAAGACAAAUUGCAACGUGGAGGAGUGUGGGGAUCGGGACCACCCUAUAUGAAUUUGCCCAAUAUGGGACAAAACAUGAUGCCUCACAUGGCACCGGGAGCUCCUGCCGGAGCGUAUCCUCCGGCCGGUGGUGCCGAUCCGUACGGUGCUCCGUCACCCGCGGCGUAUCCACCUCAAGCGGGAGGAGGAUAUCCUCCCGCUCCGGCCGCGGCAUCGCCGGCACCUGCCCCCGCAGGAUAUGGUGGAUUGGAAACGGAAAUCUUUUAUGCCGCGAAAAAUUUCAUGGGACGGAUUAUUGGACAAAAGGGAAUCACCAUCAACGAUUUGCAGCGACGGUCGGGAUGCGAUAUUCAAAUCAAUCAGGAUGUCCCGCACGGAUCCGAUUGUGAAAUUACCCUCCGGGGACAGCGGCAGGGAAUUGAAUCGGCGAAACAAAUGCUACGAGAGAUUAUCGAAAUUGGUCCCAAUCAUCCCUAUGCCGGUGGUUCUGCGCAGGGAGGAGGAGGUGGAGGUGGAGGAGCCUACGGUGGCGGCGGAGGUGGUGGCUACGGCCACGACCCCUAUCAACAACAGCAACAACAACAGCACCCACCGGGAUACGGAUAUCAUCCUCAGCAGGCGUAUGGUGGAUACCCACCUCAGGCGGCCUAUGGACACCAACCGUACGAUCAUCAUCAACAAGCAGCCGCCUAUGGAUAUCCACCGCAGUAUGGCUACCAGCAGCCUCCUCAAGGUUAUCAUCAGCCUCCCGCAGCCUACGGAUACGCUGCCGCGCCACCACCGCCAGCGGGAGCGAGUCCGUGGAAGAGUGCUGCGGCGGGAGAUGGUCAGAUCUAUUACUACAACGAAAAGACGGGCGAGACGCAAUGGGAAAAACCACCCGGCAUGCCCUAG